CGACGACCGCCCUGACCGUGGCGGACGGCACAGAUAUUAAUAGUGUGCGUACGGAGUGUCGUCGCCAAUCGCUGUUUUUACACGUACGAAACUCAGCCGCAUCGGCCUUAUGAUCCUUUUGUACAACCUGCAACCACCUAGGACGAAUUUGGCACGAAGGGGCUGAGUAAAAGAAGCCAACAUGAAUUUGAUGUUCAGAAAGAACUUCAGGGAUCAAAAAUCGGGUGUGGUAGCUGGCAAGGGUUCGAAGAGUUCCAUCGGUCGACACACGAGUAAAAGAUGCACGAGAGAACAGGGAUACACUGCUAUGGAGGAGCACCAUUACAGGACGCACCUCUUUUUCAGUCCCCACAGAACUAGCUACAGCCCGGGAGAAGAUGAUGACGGUCUCGGUAGUCCAGAGCCGCGCUGCGGGCCUAUGACGGGGGCGGGCGGGGAGCCUCUGCCGAUGCAGUCGUCUAUCUCUCCCGCAAUGACGGAGUCCGACCUGCCCCAGCCUCUGGUCACGAGGAGUCCCUCCGUGUCCCUCAUGAAGUGGCCCAAUACGCCGUCCCCGACGAAGACCUCCACCCCCACGAGACAGGUUAGCUUUAAUUAUGGAAACGAUGGGAAUAACGGAGAGACAGCACGGACGUUAUCUGGACUAGACAGGGACUGCUUCAUUAUUCCAGUUCACAGUUUAGAUAGAUUUCUUCCUGCAGGAGUGCCUAUGCCAAAACCGCCUCCCCCUGGAAUUUCUUUAGAAAAAAAGGCUGGGAAUCUACACGUUAUGGAGGUACCUGAUCCGAAACUAUGUGUCUUAUGUCAUUUAAUGAGUCCGCUGGAACCGAUCGACCCAAUUUUAGAAUCACCCUUAGUACAGCCCUUAUUUAAACAAAGGGUGACAGCUGGGGAGUUGGUAAAUGAAGUGGCGCAAGCCAAGACGGCUGUAACGGGAAUGCUUCUAUCCAAUAUGGAACGGCACGCGGAAUUCCCUUUCAUAACUUACUAUGUGAUAAACACCUCACAAACAAAUCCUGUGAUGUUUUACAAUAAUCUUCGCACUGCCAGUCUGACCAAAUUCGACCCCAGGGCGACUAGGUACACAGCAGCACACACUCUGGACCUAUAUACCGAGGUAGCGUCGAUUUGCAGGCCGCCUAUCCACGAAAUAGGAAUGUCUUUGACCAAAACCCACACUCCUUCAACUGGUUACCUGGUGUCCGUAUACAAAGUGUUCGAAGGAGACGACAAGGAGAAAUUCGAAAGGAACUGGUUAUACUGGACAGGGGCCAGAAUGAUAUAUCGAUAUUUGCCAACAGCUGCGGGACUACGAAGGAUAUCUCUCCACAAAUCUCUGAGCCCGAAAGGAGAUAAAAUGUAUAUCUUGUUGUGUGAAUGUGCAAACCUAUUAAACGAUAUUACAGUCUGUGCAUUGAUUUUACCUGCAUUACGUGCGAGACUGACAGGGUACACUGGGAUUUUUAGACCUUUACAAACAUUUUAAUUACAUUUUUAAUAGAUAUUUUAAUAUGAGCUUGCCUUUAUUAGUGACAGGUACCGGUAUUAUACACCUUUUUAUACCUUCUCCAGCAUCAUAUGUGAUAAAAUUUAUUUUAGAUUGCCCAUUGUACUAAUAGGCAACAUUUAUAAAUAUCUAGAUACUUGUACUAUAUGCUUGAUUUAGCCCUUAUUAAAAAGUGUUGUUAGCAAAAAUAGUAGUACCAUAAUCUAUCGUCUACAUAUACUCUUCAAAUGAGUAUAUGGAAAAGUACUUUUCAUACUGUCACACCUACAACAAUGACAUAUCCUACAUAUAUAUCACAUAGCAAUAUUUUUCGUUAAAAGUUUUAAGAGUUUAAGAUAUAUUAAAGACAAUUUUGCAGAGGAGUUGUGAUUUUUUAAAUAUGUACAAUACAAAUACAGAAAUUAUAUCUAUUUAUUAUAAAAAAUAUUAUGUAUAUCUGAAAGUUUUGUAUGAUAGUUUAGUUAAGGGUGCCGCAAUACUAAUUUUAGCAAUAAUUAUAUUUCUAAUAAUUCUACAGCAUUUCUCUUAAGUGCUGUAAUAUAUGUUUUUCAUCACAAUAAAAUGGUUUUUAAUUGCUGUCAGUUCAUCAGUCAAGUGGAAUAGUUUGGAAAAUGUAAAUAUAAAAAAAUAAAUGCAUUUGAAUUAUUUUAGUAAAGGAAUAGACAAUAAAAUGAUACAGGUAUUAAUGUAUUUAAUUCCUUUCCAAUAUUUAAAAAUAGUUUUUCAUUUUCUAAUUUACUUUAUGUUAUCUAACUACCUAACAUUUUCAUUUUGGUGAAGUGUCGCUCCUUAUUUUUUCCAUUAUUCUUUGAUGUUGAAGUUGUAAAGAACUUUUGAAAUGUUUUAUUAUCUAUGUUGCAGUAACUGACGACUCGCUUUUAUUAGAACAUUCUGUACAUUUUUACAAAUUUCAGUUGAAGAUUUUCUUACAACUGCAGUGAUUUGUAGUUUGAUAGGUCCAAGGAUAGAUCUAUUUCUGAUAACCAGAGUGUGCUAUAGAGCUAAUGUUGGAUAAAGACUUGGUUAUAUAGAAACAAAUAAUAAUCUCACUAUAAUAAUUCAAAAAUGUACAAAAAAAUGCAUUUCAUUAUAGAAAAAAACAACUUAGGUAUUUGAAAAUUUGAAAAAAAAUCCCUAAAUUACACUUUUUAUACUUUUUUGCUGUCAAAAAAUAGCGGGGAAUAGAAGUAAUAUUUAUAGUGUAUAAAGUAGGUACCCCCAUACGGAAAGACAUGGAUCAGCCGAUUGUGUCAACCGACCAUAUCUGACAUAUCAGAUCUGCUGACUACUUGGUCAACACACACACACAUACUGAGCCUUUCUCAACUUCUUAGAGAUCAGUUCCUUAACUCAUGCUGACAUUUUAUUAAUGAUCGAUAAUUCGAAGGUUGGAUAUGGAACCUAUGCUCAUGCAACCUAUUAUUCUAAAAUAGCCCUCAAAUAUUUUACGUUUGCAUCAUGGCAAGAAAAAUAUUUUGUUCUUCAAGAAUCGGCUAUUUCAUCAACUUGAGUAUGUACUGUGUAACUAAUAGAAGUGAGAUGUUAAAAUCAUUGACGUACUUGGCAGCGUUCAGAUUGCCUAAACAGUCAUUUUGUCUGUAGGUACCUAAUAGGACUAACACUUCACAUAGGUAAUGUGCUAGUUUAAAAUUAUGAGUAUGUAAUACUUAUCGUCAUUAACAUUUUUUUGCGUGAAAUGUAUCUAUGCAGGCGUAAGUUAAAAUAAUUUGAAAAAUUAUUUCAAAUAUGCCAAGAAUUUAUACAGAAUGUUGAUAAAAAAAAAUAAUGUGACUAACAGCCUAGAAUUUAAUUGUGAGCAGUCAAUAAUGGGGAUUCAGGCUAAAUUUUAAAGAAACUACGUAUUUUUGCUUGUCAAUGUUACAUCAAUCUCUAUACAGUCACAUCUUCAUGACAAUACGAUAAAAUUCAUAUAAUUGAUAAUGAUACACAUUACGAUUUAAAAUAUGUUAAAACGUAUGUAUAAAGUUAUAUGCAUUUAAAACCAUUAUUCACCAUUAUGAUUAGCAACUAAUAAUGAAUUAAAAAUACAUAGUAAAUAAAUAAUUACCUACAUAUACUUAAUAUUGUGAACAACAUGUUAUAUUACUUACACUAAAAAACAUACUUUAAAUCCUAAUGUGGGGAUAUAUUGUAAUGUCUGUCAAUAUGUCAAUUUUAUUAUAAUGUCCUGAGGAUGUCACAGUAUAUACUGACAAAACAUCGACAAGAAAACAAAAUAUUUUUUUUUAUUUAAUUCCCACCAUUGUGACUACUAACAAUUGACAUUAACGCAAAAGUAGUACAAACAAUUGACACUAAUUUUAAUUUUCUUCCUAACACUACCAUAGUGGCAGGAAUUUGUCAAAUUUUUUAUUUGUAUUAUUUCAAAAAAUUUACGCUGCAGAUGCAAUCUUUAGAAUGAAUUAAUCAUAUGACAUUCCUAUAUGAAAAAAAUUAAAUAUUCUCAUUUUUCCUUUAUGUAACACAAUUGAUUACUCCACUUUCUGUCGAACGUUAAUAAAUUAUAAUAAAUUACUUUGAUAAUCAAGUUUUAAGCCUACAGUAAACUAAAUAAGGAAUUGACAUGGUAGUGAAUAGUAGUACAAAAGUUAUGUAUUUUUGUUAUUAAAUAAGAUUUGUCAAGUGUGAUAAUAUAUAUAGC